UGUGGCCGUUGCUCGCCUAGCAUGGGAGGCCUCCGCCCCGGCUUCGUCGCCGGCGGCGCCAAGGACGAGAAGGUCAACUCGACGCUUUACGCGCGCAUCUCACAGGAGACGUUCGACGAGGCCGUCAAGGAGAACAUCGAGGACCUCGACAUGGCGCCCGACGAGGCGCUGGAGGACGCGGUCGAGCAGUUCACUUCGCAGGGCAUCAACCUGUCCAACAUCGUGCGGCGCGUGCCCGGCGCGUCCGCGGAGGACGACCCCGCAGCCGUCCGGCUCGCCCGUGCCCUUGCCGCGUGUGUCGAGGGCCUCGAGGAUGAGGAGAGUGAGGAGCUCCUGUACGGCGGCGGCGUGAUGCGGCUGACCUUCCUCGCCGCGCGCGGCUGCGCGGCAACCGCCCUCGGCGACGCGGCUGCGGCGCUGAAGCGCGAGGUGCAGCGAGGGCCCGCCGAGGCGACUACGCUGGCCGGCGCCACGUCGGCGGUCGACUCGCUCGUGUCUGGAUCGCUGGCGCUGGUACAUGCGGAGCCAGGAGCGGGGACGGCGGCGCUGGUCGAGGUCCUCGAGGCGCUGACUGUGCUGCUGAUGGACGCGGAGAACAGGGAGCGCUUGGGCGUGCGCGGCUGCGCCGCCCUCGUCCUCGUCUCUCGCGUGCACGCCGAGAAUGGCCCGCCGCUGCGGGCGUGCUUCCAGGCGCUGCGCGCGGCGAUGCUUGUGCAUGAGCAGCACCGCCAGACGCUAGUCAAGAGCGGAGGAGUGCUCAAGCUGGCGGUGGAGGCGGUUCGGAGGCACGGCAAGCGCACGGAGUGGGCGGACCAAGGCCCGAUCCUCGCGGCGUGCGGCGUCGGCCACGAGCACGCAAAGGCGGCCGUCGAGUUGGGCUUGCUGCCGCUGCUGCUCGAGGCGGCGCGCUCGCCGCUGGCGGCGUCGGCUGGCCCGCUCUCGGAGCUGCUCGCGACGCUGUCUCGCCUGACGGUGACCGACACGAUCUGCCAGCAGCUCGCAAAGAUGGACGCGCUCAAGCUGGCGAUCAGCGAGCUCGCGAACCACGUGACGGACGCGCAGGCGGGUCUGGUUAGCGGCUCCUCGAGCCUUCUGGUGCUGUGCUCACAAGCACGCGUGACGGGCGCGCAGGUGGCCAAGCAGGCGUGCUUCUUCCUCGCAAACAUCUCCGGCAACGACAAGUGCAAGGAGUCGAUCCGCGAGGGGAGCGGCCACAUCGCCAUCGCGAUGCUGCUGCAUGCGCACGUCGGGUCGAUGCAGACCGACGGCGUCUCUGCGCUCGGCAACAUGGCGCUGCGCAAGCCCGAGAACUGCGCCGCCAUCGCAGAGUGCGGCGGCAUUCCAGCCAUUGCGUGCCUUGCGAUCCGCAACUUGGUCGGCCGCAACCCGGAGCUGGUCGAGCCGAUCCUGGACGCGGGCGCCGAGGCGCCCAUCCGCGAGGUGAUGAACGCACACGCGGACGACUACAUGCACAACCUCGCUAAGGCGGCGCUGCGCGACCUGCGCUGCUCCGUCCAGCUGGGCGUCCUCUUCACGGGCGAGGUUGGCGAGGCGCACUGCCUGGCGCAGGGCGAGGCGGGCGGCGAGAACCAUUGGGACAAGUUCCUCGAGACGCCCGGCGCGCAGGCGGCCGCGCGCGCAGAGCUCGAGGCGCUCGGCGUCGAGAUGGGCGGAGGGCUCUGACCGGAGAUGGGAGGCGCGCCGCCGCGCUCCGGUAGACCGCUGCGCGCUGGCUCUCGCCCGUGCUCGCGCGCGCCAUCGCUCUUUGCAUACAAAUCAAGAGAGGAUGUUGGUCCCGCCUCUCUUGUGUAAUUAGACAUGCUGGUUGCUGUGGUUGAAUUUUGGCGAUAGUUGAGCGAGAGCUGGCUC